AUGCCUUCCCAGUCAACCCCGAACCAGGCGAUCCCGCCUUCAGAUCCCAAUGUGCCUCGCACGCAGUCCAGGGAAACAGGAGAUGUCUCGCCGCAGCAGGCGCUGUCCUUUGCCAAGUCAUGGAACCAUUUCAUAGCAGGAGGUGUCGGCGGCAUGACCGCGGCAGCCCUGACGGCGCCCCUCGACGUCCUCAAGACGCGCCUCCAGUCCGACUUCUACCAGCAGCAGCUGCGCCUCUCGCGCUCGGCGGCCGCGGCCGCGGCGCACCCGCACACCAUGAUGACGAACCCCCUGCGCGCCGCGGGCCACCACCUCGCCGAGACGCUGCAGAUCCUGCUCGCCGUGCAGCGCACCGAGGGGUCGCGCGCGCUCUUCAAGGGCCUGGGCCCGAACCUCGUGGGCGUCGUGCCCGCGCGGGCCAUCAACUUCUACAGCUACGGCAACGGCAAGCGCCUCAUCGCCAAGUACCUCAACGGCGGCGAGGAGGCCGCCUGGGUGCACCUCUCGGCGGCGGCCGCGGCGGGCGUCAUCACCUCGACGGCGACGAACCCGAUCUGGCUCGUCAAGACGCGCCUGCAGCUCGACAAGAACGUGGCCGAGAAGUCGGGCGGGCUGACGAGGCGCCAGUACCGCAACAGCUGGGACUGCAUCCGCCAGGUCGUGCGCAACGAGGGGUUCCGCGCGCUCUACAAGGGCAUGAGCGCCAGCUACCUCGGCGUCACCGAGUCGACGCUGCAGUGGACCAUGUACGAGCAGAUGAAGAAGUCGCUGCGGCUGCGCGACGAGCGCCGCGUCGCCGCCGGCCGCGAGCCCACCUGGUGGGACACGACGCUGCAGUGGACGGGCAAGGUCGGCGCCGCGGGCAGCGCCAAGCUGCUGGCGGCGGUGCUGACGUAUCCGCACGAGGUCGCCCGCACGCGCCUCCGGCAAGCCCCGAUGGAGGACGGCCGGCCCAAGUACACGGGCCUCGUCCAGUGCUUCAAGCUCGUCUGGCGCGAGGAGAGGUUCAUCGGCCUCUACGGCGGCCUGACCCCCCAUCUCCUGCGCACCGUCCCCAGCGCCGCCAUCAUGUUUGGCAUGUACGAAUGGAUCCUGAGGCUGCUCGACACCCCGGCCUGA